CACACUCACCACCUUGGUUUGCCUUAAAUACCGCCAACUUACCGCUUCAUCUAAUCAAAUAGCCAGACGUAACUUCAAGACCUGCACAAUGGCAAAUACCGGACUCCAAGCCAAGCUUCGCGCCCUUCCUGUCCUAGAAGGAGCUUCGCAUCCAAAAGCAGAACUCGCUUCAUUCCCCUCAACCCCUCAUCUCGCAUUCGAGAAAUGGCUCGACGAGGCUAUAACCGCCAACGUCCCCGAACCCCACGCCAUGACCAUUGCAACAGUCGAUUCCCAAGGCUGUCCCGAUGCACGCGUCCUUAUACUAAAAAACAUCGACCACCGCGGCUGGCACUUCGCCAUCAAAGCCACCAGCCCCAAAGGUCUUCAAAUCUCAACCAACAACAACGUCGCGCUUACUUUCUACUGGCCCAAGAUCGGACGCCAGAUCCGCUUACGCGGUAAAGCAAAUGCUCUCCCGAGAAGUGAGUGUGAGCAGGAUUGGACGGCAAGAUCGGCUAUGGCCAAGAUCACUGCCAAGGUGUCGAGGCAGAGCGAACCACUUAAUGACCCGCAUGAACUGGAAGCCAAGAUGGCGGAAGCCGUGAAAAGUCAUGAGAUUGAAGGAGAAGAGCUGAGUUCUGAGGGUUGGGUUGUUUAUGCUGUUGCGCCGCAGGCUGUCGAGUUCUGGCAGGCUUCUAGUGAUCGUCUGCAUCAGCGAUUGCAGUACCUUUUGGACCCUGCCCAGAACACCUGGAGCAAAACAGCUCUUUGGCCAUAAUCCCAGCACUUCAUCAAUCUUCAUGUUGAAGGAUGCAUGUAUACGCCGGGUAUAACAGGAUUCACUCUCCCUUAGUCCAUUAGCGGGCUUACGCGUCGCCCAGAGUCUAGACCCAAUCCUCACCAAACCACUUAUAUAAAAACACAUUCAAUUUCGGACCUUGACGUGCCGUUCAGGAACUCACCAAAGAGAUACAAAAACGCAAAUGCGAAAAAGGGAGGUCGGUCGGUACUCGGUAGCUUCUUCAAACGGGGCUGUGCAACAGUGCGGCAGUGCCUGAUCGCCAAUUGUUAAUCACGGCAUUGCCCGCUGGGCUGUGUUUUUGUAAUUUGACAAUAUAACGCCAUUUAGAAUUUCGUAAAGAAAUUUCUGUCGGAGAAAGUCAAUCUGCUGAGGAUCAGUUAGGGACAUUCGGAGUACAUGACUCUGCGUCAGGCGAUUUCUUGUCAGUGUCUCGCCAAGUUCCAUGUUGCACAUCAAUGACCGCAUUUCACAUAGUUUUCGGAACUCGGCUCUUGUAUGCAGGUACCUUGAGAGUAACUUGGCGCUUGGCUACGAGAUAUUUGCAUGCGCUGCCCGGUUUAACGUGUCUUGUCGCCAAGGGUAUUCGGCACGUAUUAUACGAGAGGUUAUUAGAUGGAUACUCUCGGCAUGAGUCACCCCCCAAAGAUGAUAACACAUGCUUUUUGGGUCUUGGCUGUGUUAGUUUGGAAAAGAUUUUCGUAUAUCAUUUAGUUAGGGCGUGUGUCAUUUCUUGGAGUCUAGUCAAGAGAAAGUUUACAAGUUCAUGAUGUGUAUAUAUCGCUGAUCCCCUCCAUCCUGCGCAGAACUUUACUUUUCUUCUACUUUACUCACAGUAAAUAAUUGAGUUCAAUUAGAUGAACAACUCUUUUGUUACAGCUUACCUACCUUUCGCAAAUCUGGAGAACUCGCUGGAACUGCUCCUCUUCAGAGGAAUCGCCAAGUCUGAAGCAGCAGACUUUGAUCCACCUUAAGUUUUAUCUGGUGCAUAAUGUCCAAAACGAAUGAUCCGUCAACAAAUGCCAACACAAUGGCCCGCCGCGACACCAACAUCCUCGGCUGUCUUGGCCUACGCAACGGCAAAUCCCGCGCGCGAACCGCGACAUGGCAACUAAACCCAGAACGGGCAACCAAGAGCACGCCCGAAGACAUCCUUCGCUGGAUUGCGUCCAUGGCUCCUGACACGGCGCUUGCGCAUCUGGUUUCGAGCAGCGAUGGUAUCACUGAGGCUGAAGCUACUGCGCGACGAUGCGUACAGGGUCAGAAUGUUGUUUCGUCGCGGAAGCCGCAGUCUUGGUUUAUGCUGUUGUUGAGUGUCAUUCCGAAUCCGUUUAAUAUUCUGUUGAUGUUUUUGGCGAUUCUUAAUGUUGCGAUGCCGGAUCCUAGCUGGGAAGGUUUUGCUGUUCUCAUGGUCAUGAUCGUUAUUUCUGUCGUCGUGCGCUUCUGGCAAGAGUUCCAAAGCGGUGUUGCAAUCUUUCGUCUUCAAUCUGCCAUCAUUCCCAGGAUUCGAGUCCGCCGACCCGCAACCUACACCGAUGAACUUCAACUCUCCUGGACUGAGGGCACGGUUCUCGAGACUGACCUCGUUCCCGGUGAUAUAGUCAUUCUUGUUCCUGGUGCUAUUGUUCCAGCUGAUUGUCUUAUUCUCGAGUCUUCGUACUUGAGGAUCAGUCAGUCUGCUUGGACGGGCGAGAGUGAACCCGUGGGUAAGGAUGCGGGACCUCAUGAUGCGAAGGAGGCUUUCUCGAUCUUUGACUUUAGCAAUGUUGCGCUUAUGGGGACGAAUAUUGUGAGUGGUCACGGUGUUGGACUUGUUGUUCGGACAGGCGAUGAUGCCAUGAUUGCAACCAUGGUCAAGGAGGUUGAGAAGAAGCGACAGCCAAACGCCUUUCAAAAGGGUAUUCUAAACGUGACUUGGAUGCUCAUCGGUUUCAUGGUAGUCAUGGUUCCCAUCGUUCUCUGCAUAUCCGGCAAAGUCACAGGAGAUUGGAAGAACGCGGCGCUUUUCAGCAUCAGUGUCGCAGUCGGUCUCGUUCCCGAAAUGCUUCCCGCAAUCGUCAACGCCAACCUCGCUCGAGCCGCCCACCAGCUUUCCAAGAAACAGGCGAUCGUCAAACGUCUCGACUCGGUUCAGAACCUCGGAGCCAUGACGGUUCUUUGCAGCGAUAAGACUGGGACUUUGACCAAGGAUGAACUCUCAGUACACAAGUACUCCGAUGCUGAAGGCGAAGACAUCCUCAACAUCAUGGAACUCGCAAAAGUCGACUCUCAAAUCCAAGGUAACAGCGGCAACAAUAUGGACAGGGCUAUUUUGAACUAUCACCUCCCCAACGGCGACGAAGUCGGUGUAGCACACUACGAACAAGUCCGCGUCAUCCCCUUUGACUUUGAACGUCGUCGCUCCGGCUGCAUCGUACGAGGCAUAACGGGCCAAUAUCUCCUCAUCGUAAAGGGCGCAUUUGACGAAGUCCUCACUCGAUGUUCAUCUAUGCGCUCAGCUGGUAAGAGCGAGUAUCUCAGCACUGCAAUGCAGGCUCGGUGGAGACAGCUUGCUAUGCAGAAGAACAUGGAGGGUUAUCGUGUUCUUCUCGUUGCGUCGCGCAUUCUUGGAAAGUCUUAUGUCAAUGAGCUUGAUAUGCUUGAGACGAACAUGACGCUUGAGGGAAUGAUUAGUUUCUCUGAUCCUCCCAAAGACGACGCGAAAGACGCUAUCGCAAGUCUUACUGAGCUCGGUGUUCAAGUUAAGGUCUUGACGGGCGACUCCCUCCCCGUGGCUCUCAACAUCUGCCGCUCCCUCGAACUUCUGCAGCACUCCGAAGCAAUGGACGACGACGCCGAAGCCAUAUCCGGUCCUGAACUCGCACUCCUCGAAGACUCCGAUGAAUUCGACCUCGCCGUCGAACGAUGCAGCGUCUUCGCCAAAGUGACACCCAAGCAGAAAAGCCUUAUUGUUCUCGCUCUUCAAAAAUCCGGUAACUGCGUUGGUAUGCUCGGCGACGGAAUCAACGACUGCGGUGCGCUUCGGGAUGCCGAUGUUGGAAUCUCUGUUGAUUCUGGAGCGGGAGUAGCAAAGGAUUGUGCGGAUUUGAUACUCACGGAGAAGGGACUUUCGAUUAUUGUGCGGAGUGUGAUUCUGGGAAGAAUUACGCAUGGGAAUACUAUCAAGUAUAUCAAGAUGGUCGCUUCGUCCAAUUUUGGUAAUGUUUUCAGUAUUCUGGCGGCUAGUGCUUGGCUGCCUUUCACGCCGAUGACUAGCAUUCAACUUCUUGCUCAGAAUUUGCUCUAUGAUAUCAGUCAGAUCGCCAUUCCUUGGGAUCGCGUUGACGAAGAGUAUCUAACUCAACCACGACGAUGGAACGCAAGGGAUAUCCUCAAGUUCAUCGUAGUCCUCGGUCCUACAAGCUCGGUCAUCGACAUGUGCACUUUCUCUCUCAACUGGUUCUACUACGGCAUCCGAACUACUAGCGACAAUGUCAAGCUGGCUCAAACACAUUGGUUCCUUCAAGGUCUUCUCACCCAGACUCUGAUCGUCCACUUGCUCCGAACAGCCAAGUUCCCAAUCAUCCAGAGCCGCGCAGCACCGAUCCUUGUAUUCUCUACUGCAUCGAUCAUGGCAAUUGGUUUUGUCCUACCUUGGAUCCCGGCUUUUAGGCCUGCGUUCAGCUUUGCUCAGCCAGCGCCGACAUUUGUUGGAUUCUUGGCUGCUGAGCUGUUGCUUUACGCUGUUGAGGUGCAGAUUGUCAAGAUGAUCUACAUGAAGAUCUUCGGUACAUGGCUGUGAAAAGGUCACCAAAACACAAAACCGGGGUUGGAUGAUACGCGACUUGUGGUGAAAUGAUGGGGGGAUAGGGUUUUUUAUCGGUUUGCCCGGUUUUCCCUAUCUGGUAGUAGAGGUAUUUCUUUAGUCUUUUAAUCUUUAGUUCUUUUAUUCUUCCAGUUUAUUUCCCAUUACUUAUCAUCUUUGCUUUGUUUGCUGUGUGCAACUCGUUUGGACAUGGAUACCUUGUUUAUCGACGUUCUCUCCUGAGCUCGAGUUUGUGGAGGCUGCGUGGCCUAUAGCCUAGCUACCUGUUAUCCGGUUGGUCAACUUAACCUCAUCAUCAUGGUCUGCAAGCUUAAUUUUUUCGCCUCUGCCAAAAUACUUAGACCCUCCAUACGUGAACAAAGGCCCCUUUGAGUUUCACGUAGCGCUCUUCCACUGCUUGGAGUCAGUCCCUGUUCCUUUUGCAUCUUGGCUGCCGAAAGUUGAAGAGAUUUUGUCCCAAACUAUAUGUCGCAACGGCGCAAGGUGCGGAAGAUAUGCGGAUACAAUUGCGAUGCACGGUUCGAGGUCGGACCAGAUGAAUACGGGCCCCAUGGCUCUCGUGACGUCCUUGGUCUUGGAAAGCUCGAUGAGGAAGUGGAUGCGUACGGCGCUAGCAGCGCAGACACUAUUGGUAAUAGUUAGUUGCAAAGUAUUCGCAGCCAAACAUGGGUAACUUACAAACCACCUAGCAUAAGAAUGCCAGCAAUGCCGACCCUAUUUCUCAAUGAUAUUUGUAGCCGAAAGAUAUGCUGUAUCGGUGUAAGGAGGAUAUAAAAGUCGUUGAUCGUGUUGAUGAUACCAAGAGCGAGAAAGAACGUGUUGAUGUCAAUGCAGGUCCCCUUUGUGCCCGCGAACUGAGUCCAGAAGUGGUCCAAUGGUCGACAGAUGUUUCCCAUAGUGACCCAGACCACUAUAGGACACGAUAUAGAAAGGAAAUACCCGAACCUCAUGGAAAGGGAGAAGAGAAGUUCUGUGGAAAGGAAGAUGCGGCUGUAGAAGAGGAGGGUCGAGAUCUUGAUGACGGCACAGGAUGCAGAGUACAAAAAUGUGUAUCCGAAAAGUAUCUGCGAUUAUUAGUUCAAGGGGAAGCUAGAUUGAAGGGGAGACGAAUUCACCUUGUAGAUUUGUUGUAGGCUGCCCAGGUCGACGGCCCAUAUAUGCUUACCUGCACCGUAAUGGCCACCUGAGAACUUUUAGUACGAAUAUGAAGCCUACCUUGGUGAUGCUGGCAUACCUGCUAUAGCUAAACCUGCAGUCCCUCCCACGAGCGCCUAUCCAUUUGUCAAUCACUGAAGCUCGGGUUUGGUGUUGGAUCAGCAUUACCAUAGAAAUGAUGAUAACCCAGUCAUCCCAGUGUAUCCUGGUCUGCUGAAUAUGCCUAGCUGUGAAUCGAAAUGCGAUGGCAGUCAGCGCAAGUAUCAAUACACUGAUUAUAGCGGCUCUGUCGGAGGCUGCAGUGUUGGCAGUGAGGUCGACGCCCGUGGGGAGAGGGCCGGCGAUGGCGAUGAUUCGAGGGUCGAUUUGGGAAUCCAUUCUUGACCAGUGUCUUGGGGGAUUCUGAGAAGGCAAACAGCGGGUGACGCAAUCCGUGGGUUUACUGAGAGAAUAGAAGUUCAAAUAUGUUUAUAGAUUAUGGUAAGAAAGCAUGACCAUGACGCGUUCUGAGACAGAUGUUGGUAUAAACAUAUUGAAAGUAAGACCGACGGACUUCCGAGACGGGCAGCCGACAAACCAACAUACUGUUGUUGUUGGGUGUCA